GAAAAAGAUAAACUCUAUAAGCAGUUCAUUAAUUCUAGGGACUCAACUACUGAGUUAAAAUACAAACGCUAUCGGAACAAACUGAAUCAUCUUAUAAAAAUUGCUAAACGAAAGUACUAUGAUACAAAAUUUGAGAAGGCUAAAAAUAACCUGAAAGAAACUUGGAAACUAAUCAAUGAUGUAAUCAACAAACCGAGCAGAAAAGCAGCUCUGCCAAAUUCCUUUUUCUCUGAUGGAAAACUGUUAAAUGAUCCACAAGAAAUAGCUAACUGCUUUUGUAAGUUCUUCACCAACAUAGGUCCGAAUUUAGCAAGGAAAAUUCCAGACACACAAGUAUCUUUUCGUAGUUUUCUUGGCGUUUCUGUUAAUGAGUCGCUUAUCUUAAAUCCAACUAAUAUUUCGGAACUAAAUCAAAUAUGCAACUCUUUUAAAUCUGGAAAGUCGCCUGGAUAUGAUAACGUUUCAAUGGAUAUAAUAAAAAGCACCUUUGAUCUCAUUUCUCAGCCUUUGGCCAAUGUAAUCAAUUUGUCUCUUAUUAAAGGAGUAUUUCCUGAUGAACUGAAAAUUGCUAAACUGAUUCCGGUAUUUAAAGCUGGUGAUUCCCAGUAUUUCACUAACUACCGUCCAAUUUCGCUUCUUUCUAAUUUUUCUAAAUUCUUUGAAAGAGUUAUGCACAAUCGUAUUACAAAUUUUUUAGAUCGUUUAGAUAUCUUAUACUGUUGCCAAUUUGGAUUUCGUAAAAAAUAUUCUACAGCGCUGUCUUUAAUUCAUCUUAUUAAUAAAAUUGCAACUGCUAUUGACAGAAGCGAAUAUACAGUUGGCAUAUUCUUAGACUUAUCAAAAGCAUUUGAUACUUUAGACCAUCAAAUACUCUUGUCUAAGCUUGAGCAUUAUGGGAUUCAUGGGCUAGCACUUAGCUGGUUCAAAAGCUAUUUGUCAAAUCGCGUGCAGUUCGUCCAGUACAAAGAGACUUGUUCUAUUAGGCUGACUCUGAGCUGUGGAGUCCCUCAAGGUUCUAUAUUAGGACCAUUAUUGUUUGUUUUGUAUAUCAAUGACCUCCCUUGUGCUACUCGUCUUGCUGAAACUAUGCUUUUUGCAGAUGAUACUAGUGUGUUUUAUUCUAAUCCCGAUUUAAAUUGUGCUAUUUCUGCCGUAAAUAAUGAUUUAUCUCAAAUUGCUCUUUUUAUGAAAGCAAAUAAGCUCUCUGUUAACAUAACGAAAACUAAUUAUAUCAUUUUUGCAGCAAGGCAAAAACCAGUCGGCUUCCCAAUAAAUCCUGUCUUGUACGAUGAGGUUUUAUUAAAACAAGUAAAGGUAGUUAAAUUUUUAGGGGUUUUUAUCGACGAGCAUCUAACGUGGAAGCCGCAUAUUACUUAUAUAUGUAAGAAAAUUUCAAAAUCUAUUGGCGUCAUGUUUAGGUCUCUCGUUUCUUUCUUUCUGAAACAACAAAAAAAGUCUCUUUAUUAUACCUUAAUUUAUCCUUAUUUAACAUAUUGUACCACAGUUUGGUCCUCCACUUAUGUAACAAACCUUAAUAGAAUUUUUUCUUCUACAAAAGCGAGCAGUACGAAUUAUUACAAAUGCAGAUUUUCGCGCGCACUCUGA